AUGGUCGUCUGCCAUGUCAAACGCGGUGACCGCAGCGAAUUCUUGUUCGAGACUUCUGUAUCUACAAGGAACGACACAUUAAUCCGCUCACUGUGUCGUUUGCAGAAUUUGCGUCUGCGUCUCGCAGCACUGGCUGAUGCAUUAGAAGGACUCGGACGUUAUGGCAUGGCAAAGCCGCCAGAAGAGCAGGGAUUGGACGCAUACCAAGAAGGGGCGGCUGAUAAGCAGCGAGGAGAAUUUUACGAGGCAGAUCCACUGGGUCAUCGAACUGGCGACGGCGUGAGUCCGCAGCUUAAGGAUGUGUUGGCACGUGUGGCUGCCGAUGCCAAGGCGAUUCUGGACAGCAAGACACAAGUGACUCGCCGCAUUUGCAUCGAUGAAAAUGAACUGAUUGAGAAGCUACAGAAUAUUCGCGGAGCUGUGGCAAUGGCUUUUCCCAUGGGACUGCCGGCUUAUGAUCCGGUAAAGCUCAUACUGGAUUCCGAGCGUUCGGAGGACGCGUUAGCUGACUCAUCAGCUGUGCUUGAAGUGAUGUCUGAGGACACAGCUGAGCUGUGGUGGGCUGGAAAACAGUUUUUUAGGGAUCAAUACGUCUGCGACCUUGUAGGGAAGAAUGAAAAGUCGACGUUGAUUGUUAAGCUGCAGAAGAAAGGUGGUGGAGCCCCUGGGCGGGAACCCGGUGUAAGUGAAGACGAACGCAAAGCAAUGAUGGCAUUUUAUUUUAAAAAGCAAGAGGAAAUGAAACAGGCAGCGGAAGACGAUGGAGAGGACUAUAUGAUGUCAUCAUGGGCGGACCCUAAGGCGUUGAAAAACGCGUUGCGGGGCACUGGUAAUAUUCGACCCUUUUGA